GUAUGGCCGUGAACCACAAAUGCCGAAACCCCAAUUUGUGCUCGAUAAUCAUCAAAAGAAAACCUAAUUGCAAGAAAUUGAAUGAUUUCCUUUUUAAUCAAGCAGCAUUUGAUGAUCUCUGCAUAACGUAACGUUCAUUUGGAAGUAAGUUUCUUAGAAAUUUUCGUUGAUUCGUUCGUUUCGUUCUGUGUGAAUUAAGAAAUGGACGAAGAAGUAUUAGAGAAGCGAUUCACUGAUUGCGUCUAUUUCUUAGCCUCUCCGCUCACUUGCAAGAAGGGAAUUGAAUGUGAAUACCGGCACAGCGAGGUCGCAAGGCUGAACCCCAGGGAUUGUUGGUAUUGGUUGGGAGGGUGCUGUUUUAAUCCCGAUUGUCCUUUCAGACAUCCUCCAUUGGAAGGAUUCAAGGAAGCACACGGUGAAUCUUCUGAGCCUAAGAAUGGUCCUGCUUUACCUGUGAACAAGACCAACAUUCCUUGUUACUUUUACUCAAAUGGGUUUUGUAAUAAAGGGGACAGAUGCUCAUUUCUGCAUGGACCUUCUGAUGGUAGUGUUGCUUGCAAAUCAUCUAAAGCUGCAUCCACCAUGAACAAUGGCAUUCCUUGUGAGAAGAAAUUAUCUUCACGAAGUAACACUGGAUUGGCACCGGUCAAGAGUCAUCCUGAUCCAUCUAAGACUGCCCAAAUUGAAAAGACACACACAGAGAGCAAACCAACACUGGAUUCCCCACAGUUUGCUUCUGGAUCAGCAGAGAGAAGCGAAUCUCCUGAUAUAUCAGCAACCCAGUGUCAAGAAAAUGUAGUCAGAUCGAACUCAUUGCUUCCCCGAGAAGGGUUUGUUCAAAGUGAAUCUGAUGUUUAUGAUCAAAGCUCAGAUCAGCAAGUGGAUGGUUAUGUAGAAAGAGAAGGGUGGUUGGAGUCAUCCCCAGGUUUUGAUGUUCUCGUUGAGGGUGAAUCAGAAAGACUAGGUUAUGAAGGAGAUGCUGACUAUUUCUCUGUCCAUGAUGAAGAAGGCAGGAAGCUCGAUGUUCAUUAUGCAGAAUGUGGUUUUGCAGACCCGAAUGAGUACGAUCCUGCAUAUCCUGAAUUGGGAAUUCCACUUGGAGAAGAGAGGUAUGAUGUUUAUGAUCGUUUAGAUAACAAGCGGGCCUGUGAUUAUCUUGGUAAAAUUUCAGGGCAAUCAAGGGAGAGCAUCUUUUAUCGCCUUUCUUUCCAGAAAAGGAACUUACAAGCAGAACCAAUAUUUAAUGGCCGAAGAGGUCCUGAUCUUCGCGAACGUUUGAAGAAAUGCAAGGUUGACGAUAGUUUCCAAAGCUGCUUCUCUAAAGGGUAUCACUCACCUCAUUUGGUAGGUCAACAAGUUAGGAGACAUCCUCGACGGCAGGGGUCCCGUGGUGAGAUUGACUUUGACCAUAGAGGUAAUAGGUUAAGGAAGGCUCCCCCUGUGAACAGAUACAAGCAACCUCUAAAAGAAAAGAGGCUUGGGAAGCCGCAGUUUCUUCCAUCAGAAGUCUCCAGGGCAAGGAAGCCAGCUUUACAACAAAAGAGAAAAUCUCAGGUGGAAUCUGCUAUUUUUACAGGACCCAAGACUCUUGACCAAAUCAAAGAAGAGAAGAAGAAAACCCUGCAAAAUCAAGAUUUAUCGGGGUCAUUCAACAGGACUGAAUCCGAUGGCUUUCAGGGGCCAAGACCUCUGAGUGAGAUUCUGAAGAACAAAAGGAAGCUUGGUGUGGAUACCCAUGGUAACAGCAACAAGAAAAUGAGGCCGACUAAGUUUCAUUGGGAAGUGAAAAUAUCGUUGCUGAAAUACAAUUUUAUCUCGUGCUCUGUUUCUUUUGGGUUUUAAAUAGACUAACCUAGUGUGAGUGAGCUUUCCUUGCUGUACAGUGCUGGUCGUUAAUGUUACAUUUAGGCUUUAGUUUUUGUCGAUGAGAAACUAUGCAUGUCUGCUUAUAUCGGAUGUACAAGUUUUUUUCUUUUUUGGGGUUGUGAACGGUUUGUCAAUCAAUAUUUUCAAGAAAGUCUUGCAACAUCUGCUUUCUCUGAAGUGGUUAUCGUUUGAUUUCUGCCGUGCAGGUUGUUUCUUUAGUCAGAAGAGGUCUCGGGUUUGCUCCUGUCUGGAAUGAUGCACAACUUUUACACACAAGUUGCUAAUUAUUUCUGCUACUGGUUCCUUAAUUCUGAUUAUGGGUUGUUGGCUUUUUGUGUUUAGGCUUCUACCACUUUCGGCAAUUGGCUCCUGUUUCGACUUGGAGUUAAGUUCUAUCUGCCUAUUUGGUAAGAUUUUUCUCUAAUUAUCUCCCACCAAUUUUGUUUCAUCCUCUGAUUUGAUCAUUAUAUUUCCUAGAUUCUUGUCAUAUCAUGAAAAAGUCUCUUAUGGAUUUAUCAAAGCGGUCAAAUGUUGGUUUCGGUAGCUUUCUUGUUUACAUUGACUGAAUAAAUAUAUACAAAUUAACUAAUCUUUAUAAGGAGUGGUCAGACUUCCAUAGUUUAGACCUUAGA